GGGGGUGUGUGUGUUCGGGUUGGGGUUGUGUGUCUGAUAUUGCCGUCCGCAGACGGAGGGAUCUAUUUUAUUACUAAAAUAGAGUUGAAUAGCAAAGCUGCUUCAUUUGGACAAGUUGCGGAAGUGAGUGUGUAAUAGGGUUGGAGUGGCGGCAGGGCAACAUGGGAAAGCACGGCAAGAAGCAGAAGAACCAGCAACGCCCCCGUGACAAGAAUUACUAUUACAAUGAUGAUUACGAUCAACAACACAACUCUCAGCCUGUUGCCCCUCUUAACAAUGAUGUCCAAGAUUCUGAAUCAGAAGAUGAAGACACUAACACUACUACUGAUGAAACUGCCCAAACCCCGUCAAACGUUGUUGCUGCUCUCCCUUCUAAGUUCUCACUUUAUCAACAAUCUGUUCAGUCACCAAAAGGGGAUAUAAGUUAUCUCCGGAAGUUCUUUCUAAUGUAUGUUGGUGGAAGAGUACCCCUUCAUCUUCAAGAAGAUUUCUGUGGCACUGCACUCCUCAGUACAGAGUGGCUCUGUAGCGACACAAGACGGACUGCUGUUGGCCUAGAUUUUGAUGUUGAGGCUCUUAAUUGGUGCAUGGAGAACAAUCUUAACAAAUUUGGGUCUGAUUUGUACUCCAGAAUCUCUCUUUUUCAUGGUAAUGUCUUGAACCCUCUUGAGGCUAAGUUAGUGAAAUUUGAGCCCAAAGACAAUAUUACAACGGAUAGAGAAGAUGGUUCAGAUAUUGAUACACUUUCUACCACACUAGCUGGAGCUUGUGCGUGUACUAAUGAUAAGAUGACUAGUUCCCCCUUGCCCCCUAGAGAUAUAGUGUGUGCCUUUAAUUACAGUUGUUGCUGUCUCCAUAGUCGUCAAGAGCUGAUUUCAUAUUUCAAAUAUGCCCUUAGUUCAUUGUCUAAAAGAGGCGGUAUAUUUGUGAUGGAUUUAUAUGGUGGAACAUCUUCAGAAUGUGAGCUUAAGCUGCAGAGGAGAUUCCCCAAUUUUACGUAUGUCUGGGAGCAAACAGGAUUUGAUAUCCUUCAGCGAAAAACAAGAAUCAGCCUUCACUACAAUCUACAAAAGCCACAGAGAAAAAUUCGCCAUGCAUUCUCAUAUGAAUGGAGACUCUGGUCAUUACCUGAAAUUAGAGACUGUUUAGAAGAAGCCGGUUUCAAGUCUGUCCACUUCUGGAUUCGCCAGAUGCCAGACAGUGAAAACAUUAGAAGAAUUGAAGGAUUCGGUGAUAGUCAAGACGUAAAAUAUGAAGAGGUAACAAGUUUUCAGCAGCAAGAUUCAUGGAAUGCGUAUAUUGUAGGUGUUGCCUAGUAUUGAUCUGCUCCACUCGAGUGGGAUAUUGUUUUAGCUGUUGUACUGCGCAAUCUUACACUCAACGAAGAAUUGAACCUUCAUAACUUGUUAAUUACUAACCUUAUUUGUUGCUAGUAACUUUCA